CAGGGAACUAAAAUCACGUCUACAAAUGGAUAAUACUGAGAAGACAAUAUAAAAGCAAAGAGACAAUGCUACUUCCUCUUCUACCCCGCUCCCUCUCCCACACUGCCACUCACUCCCCUCCCUUCCUCACCUUCCUCUGCCGAUCCAUGGCCACCGAGCGCAUCAGCCCAUCCACCACCCGCGUUGGAUGGAUCGGCACCGGCGUCAUGGGCCGCUUCAUGGCCGGCCACAUCAUCAACGCCGGCUACACCCUCACCGUCUUCAACCGCACUCUCUCCAAGGCCCAACCCCUCGUCGACAUGGGGGCCCACUUGGCCCAAUCCCCACUCGCUGUCGCCUCCCAAUCCGACGUCGUAUUCUCCAUCGUCGGCUACCCCUCAGACGUUCGCUCCGUUCUCCUCGAUCCCACCUCCGGCGCCCUCUCCGGACUCCGCCACGGCGGCGUCCUCGUUGACAUGACCACCUCGGAGCCCUCCCUCGCCGACGAGAUCGCCGUCGCGGCUGCCUCCAAGGACUGCGCCGCGAUCGACGCCCCGGUCUCAGGCGGCGACCGCGGCGCCAAGAAUGGAACCCUCGCGAUAUUCGCCGGCGGGGACGAGACAGUAGUCAAGCGCCUGAGCCCGCUGUUUGCCCUUCUGGGUAAGGUUAAUUACAUGGGUGCCCCCGGAAAAGGGCAAUUCGCGAAGCUAGCGAACCAGGUGGUGAUCGCUUCGACGAUGGUGGGGUUGGUGGAGGGGAUGGUGUACGCGCACAAGGCCGGGCUGGAGGUGGGUCUGUUCCUGGACGCCAUCUCGACGGGUGCUGCGGGGUCCAAGUCGCUGGACUUGCACGGGAGUAGGAUCUUGAAGAGGGAUUUGGAGCCUGGAUUCUAUGUGAACCACUUUGUGAAGGACUUGGGGAUAUGUUUGAAGGAGUGCCAGAGAAUGGGUCUGGCUUUGCCUGGGCUGGCUCUGGCUCAGCAGCUCUAUCUGUCGCUCAAGGCUCAUGGGGAGGGCAACUUGGGGACCCAAGCGCUUAUUUUGGCUCUGGAGCGGCUUAAUAAUGUUUCGCUUGAAUCUGCUCCGGCAGCGGCUCCUUCGUCAUAGACUGGGGAGCACAAAUCUAUCUUGUUCUUGGGUCCACUUGCCUUUAUGUUUAGUGGUCUAUGCACCGGUGGGAAGCGUAAAGCAUAUGUGAUGGACAGAGUAUAAGUGGUACUAAAGCAAUAUAUAGGGAAGCAGAUGCAAUGACAGUCUUUUGGAUAACUCUUGACUACUGAGAAGAGGUGUUAUCACUUCCACAGUAUGCAUAGCUGGUAUGUCUCUCUUACACCUCUCCCAUUCCCAUAGGCCAAACAUUGAGGUAUGAUUGAUGAAUGGUGCAGAUUCAUGCCAAUAUUGGCUCUUCUAUGUUGAGUGUUCUAAUAUUCUCUUGAUAUUAGACUGUUCCUUCAUCCUACUCUGGUACACAAAUUUUAAUGUUUAUGGGGACGAUAAGGAUUAUAUAUCUUUAUUAUUGAGUGAGUGUACAUUUACAAUAAUCAACAUAAGUAAUAUAUUACACUUCCCCAUAUGUUUGGUUUAA